AUGCGCAUUCUAAAUAUUCUUCAUGUCUUAGUCAGGUGCAGCCAGAAUUUAGUAAAAAAUAUUUUAUCCCUAACCAAUUUAUUUCAGAAUAAAAUGAUCAAAGGAAGUCAUAGCACAUAUACAGUUGAGAAUAAUAAAAUAUUGCAUGAAGAGAGCAAAAAUACUCCAGUCCAGGAGAAAAAUACAUCUAAGGCUAUUCUUCACAGUAGCAGGGAUAUUGUUCAUCUUAAGUUUAAUAAAGAGGGCAUGCAGAGUGACAUAAAAGAAAUUGAAGAAUGCAUAAAAAACUCUUCUGAUUUUGAGAUACACACGGGAAUGAAUAUACUACAGGGCUUAGUAUCCCAAAACACUGAGAUAACAGUAAGUAAAAAACUACAGCCAAAGACUGCAGAGUUGCUAUCAAAAAUAUCCAGGCUUGUAUUGGAGGAAACCAUUAUAAGUGAGUGGCUUGGUGAAGACAGACUGUUAUAUAACACUGCUUCCAUAUAUAGACUGGAAGAAGAUAAUCUUAAUGAGCUAUUGAUUACAGACUUGACUAGCAUGAUCAAGGCAAUAGAGGAUAUUAAGCUGAUGAAAGUCGUUGAGAACAGGAUUGAAAAAUGGUAUAAGUCACUAAAGGAAAUAAGUGAGCUUGAUAUGCAGAGAUAUCUUGAGCACAUAUCCAAAAUAAUGAAUGAAAGGUCGUGCUUGAAUCUCAUAUUAAACAUAGCACUAAGAAGAAACUUAAAAGCCUUUUUAAGCAAGGUGCAAGCAGAGGGUAUUGAGUACACUGGGAUUGACUUGUUUAAAAAAAGAGAGGAUGGAGUGUACACUCUGGAUUACGGAAUGGAUUUAAUUCUAAGAAACAAGCAGGUGCAUCCAUUUUAUGCUGACGGCAAAGCUGCUGAUAGAGUGGCUGACCUAACAGAUGAAGACAAGGCUAUUAUAUGCCAAGUAUACGUUAAUAUGCCUAAAAUAGUUGAGAUUAAUGAAACAAUACGCAAAAUAACUGAAGAAGAUGACGAUGAGUACUUUGAUCGUUCAUACCUGGCAGGAGAAAUUGAAGAAAAAGAGAAAAACAGACCAAUUACGCACCUAUCAAAGAUAGAGUACAAUGAAAGCAAGAUUGACUAUUAUCAAAAGGUCUUCCUAGCCCAGCCAAAUACUUCUGAAUCACAGAAAGCAUAUAUUACAGAGAGAGUAAGUGAGUUUAAGAGAAUAGCAAAAGUAUUUGCAUUCCCUUCAGUUAAAAACACAAUUAAGAACACCUUUUUAAAAGCAUUUGGGAUAUUAGGACUAGGCACACUCGCUGCCACAACAGUAUAUCUAACCACCCCGGAUAUGGGCCCUUCCUACAACUAA